GUGUGUGUAUUUUCACAUUAAUCGCCGCCUCUUUCAUUGUUCUUCUCUUUGGAAUUCUCUAGAAGCCGGAGUUUCACCGGAGAAUCGGAAAUGGCGUUAAUAGCUCGAAACGUGAAACGUCUCACCGGAACCGCGCCGUUCCUUCAAAGAGCGGCGACGAUCCACACGACACUCCCAUCUUUGUCACAGCAACCUGCCUCUUCUCCGGCCACUUACGGUGGCGCACAGCCUCCGUCCAUGACGUCGCCAGCAGGUAUAUCUAAACCGGCGGAGUAUGUUAUAUCUAAGGUCGACGAUCUGAUGAAUUGGGCUCGUCGUGGGUCCAUUUGGCCCAUGACAUUUGGAUUGGCUUGUUGCGCUGUGGAAAUGAUGCACGCCGGAGCUGCACGUUACGAUUUUGAUCGAUUUGGUAUUAUCUUCAGACCUAGCCCUAGACAAUCCGAUGUUAUGAUUGUUGCUGGUACACUUACCAACAAAAUGGCCCCUGCUCUUCGCAAGGUCUAUGAUCAAAUGCCCGAGCCAAGGUGGGUCAUUUCCAUGGGGAGCUGUGCAAACGGUGGAGGGUACUACCAUUACUCAUACGCUGUCGUUCGAGGCUGUGACAGGAUCGUCCCUGUUGACAUUUAUGUUCCAGGUUGCCCACCUACUGCUGAGGCUCUUCUGUACGGAAUUCUUCAACUGCAGAAGAAGAUAAAUAGGCGCAAGGAUUUGCUUAUGUGGUGGACUCAAUAAGAGCCUUAUAUUUAUGUUUCCAUCGAUCUGUAUGGAAAUAAACCUAUGGCCAAGUACCCUCCAUGGAAGAGAGAUCUUCUUGUUUUUUCUUUUGGCUGAAUCUUAUGGCUCUCUCUGGACCUUGUAUGUUUCUUUUGUAUGUUAAUCUGGUAUUUAGUGGUAUUGUCUUAAGCUUUUUUUAUAGUUGAUAUAUCUCAAUAAAGCUGCUGUGCAUCCUCUAUAAACUGAGGAAUGGAUUCAGAUAAUUUGAUUGUGAAGUGUAACUGAUAGAUUGAGAAGUCUUGUGCAUCUAAUAUAUUGUUGAACUUGAACCUAUA